AUGGUCAAAACAAGCACUUUAGUGUCUCUUCUCCAGCUUUUCAGCACUCUUGCUCCCAGAGGAGCUUUUUCUCAGGAUAUCCUCUACCCCUUUGGACCAGCUCAUAGGGACUCAGAAACUCCCAAGAUGGAUGAUGGCAGUUCAACAGAAGUUUCUCUAUUAAUUCCAUUUAUCUUUUUCAAUGUCCCAUACCGCUCUCUAUAUGUAAACAACAAUGGUGUAAUCUCCUUCAACGUUCAGGUGAGCCAGUUUACUCCUGAGCCUUUUCCCCUCAGUGACAGUCGGUCAUUUAUUGCUCCCUUAUGGGCCGAUGUGCACAAUGGAAUUCGUGGGGACGUGUAUUAUCGUGAAACCACAGAGCCAGAGAUUCUAGCAAGAGCUACUCAGGAUGUCAGGAAGUAUAUCAAGAGCAUGUCAUCCUUUACUGCUACCUGGAUUUUUAUUGCCACCUGGAACCAGGUCACGUUCUAUGGUGGGAGUCAGACAACACCGGUGAAUACAUUCCAGUCAGUGUUAAUCUCAGAUGGUAUGGUCCACUUUGCCAUGUUUAACUUUGGAGAAAUUACAUGGAGCACAGGAACGGCUAGUGGGGGAGAUCCUCUUACAGGACUGGGAGGAACCACCGCACAGUCAGGUUUCAAUGGUGGGGAUGUCAGUCACUUCUUCAACCUGCCUGGUUCCCGCACAAAUGAUGUGGUCAACAUUGAGCACACUACAAAUGUCAAUGUUCCUGGUCGUUGGUUCUUCCGUGUCGACACCGAACAGAUCGACCCAGCCAAUGGCUGCAGCUACAAUGGGCGGUUUUAUCGACGUGGUGAGGUGUUUUGGCUGUCCGACCAGUGUUCUCAGCGUUGCAGAUGUCUGGAUUUAGACAAUGAAGUCAUUUGCCAGGAGGCUCCAUGUGGUCAGCUAGAGACCUGUGAACAGCAAGAAGGAGCAUACUACUGUCAACCAACCCGAACUAGCACCUGUGUGGUCUUUGGAGACCCCCAUUAUCACACCUUUGAUGGCUUUCUCUACCAUUUCCAAGGUACCUGCUCUUACCUCCUGGCUCGGCCAUGCUGGGAGGUACCUGGUCUCCCAUUUUUCAGUGUUGAGGCUAAGAAUGAAAAUCGUGGCAUGACUUCUGUGUCUUGGUUAAAAGAUGUCACUGUGGAAGUGUAUGGGCAUCGAGUUACACUACCAAAAGGAACACUGGGCACUGUACAGGUGGACAGUCUCUUGAAGACUCUUCCUGUCCAGCUCCAGUUAGGUGCUAUUAAGGUAUACCAGUCUGGUCUUGCAGUUGCUUUAGAAACUGACUUUGGUCUGUUAGUAACAUAUGAUGGGCAGCACUAUGCUUCGAUCUCCCUUCCGAGCUCCUACUUCAACAAUACAUGUGGCUUGUGUGGUAACUAUAAUGAUGACCCUGCCGAUGACCCUGUGUUGCCAGAUGGUUCUUUAGCAGAUAGCAUUGUUGAGUUAGGUGGAAGCUGGCGAGCAGAAGACACAGAUUUUCGUUGCACAGAUGGUUGUGCUCAGAACUGCAGUUUGUGUGAACCAGCAGCUGAAGCUUUUUACUUUCGUCCUGAUUACUGUGGGCUCAUAAACAAGACUGAUGGGCCAUUCCGAGACUGCAGGGCUGUCGUUGACCCCACUGCAUUUGUUUACAGUUGUGUGUAUGACAUGUGCAGCAAUCGUGACAACAUCACAACUCUUUGCCAGGCUAUACAGGCAUAUGCUUUAGCUUGCCAAGCUUUGGGAGUAACCAUAAGAGCCUGGAGAUCACGUACAUUCUGUACUUUAACAUGCCCAGAGAACAGCCACUACCAGGUCUGCACAAGCACUUGCCCCCCUUCCUGCUCUGAUCUGACCUCUCAUCUAUACUGCACACAUCCAUGUACAGAGGGCUGCCAGUGUGACCAGGGAUUUGUCCUGAGUGGCAGCCGUUGUGUCCGCCGUUCUGACUGUGGCUGCGAGCGCGACGGCCUGUACUAUGCUCUUAAUGAAACCUUUUGGGUAGGUGAGGGGGGUGAGGUGGGCAGUGACUGUUUCCAGCGCUGUGUGUGUGGCCUUGCAGGUGAGGUCACCUGCUUUAAUGACUCCUGCCAGGAAGGUGAGGUGUGCACAGCAGAAGUGGGGUUGCUGGGGUGUUAUCCUCGUAGAGACGCCAUGUGUUCAUUAUCACAGACAUACAUUUUAGCUACCUUCGAUGGUUCAUCCAUGCCAUUCCCAGACGAGAGCUCCUUCUACCUGGUAAAGACUAUGGGACGCUUGCCAGCUAACGUGACUGCGGUGGAGGUGAAAAUAGGAAGAAAGUUGGUGAAUAAGGGUCCCACAUGGAAAAGGCCUGUUGUCAUCAGGGUUGCAUACCUGGAAGCUCAGAUUGGUGGCUCCGAUUUUGACCUUGUUAAGAUAAAUGGUGAGCAAGUUGUUCUUCCAUAUGUCCACCCAAUGGAACCUCUUAUUGUUUACCGUGCUCCUGGCAACGCUACUGUAGUGGAAUGGACUGGUCUAAUUCGGGCCUGUUACUCCCGCCAAGGCUUUCUCAACAUCACCCUAUCUACCUUAUUUUACAACUCAACAUGUGGCCUGUGUGGUUUCUUUAAUGGAGAUCCUUCUGAUGAUCUACGAUUGCCGAGUGGCCGUCAGGCUGACACAGCUGACCAGUUUGUUGAGGGAUGGAGGGCCAUUGCUGAUGAUCUAACAUGCAAUGGUGACUGUGAUGAUCUUUACCGCAUGUGUACAGAUCUAAGGUUAUACCAGAGCCCCUGGCUCUGUGGCAACAUCAAUGACCCUGGAAACAGCUCAUUCCUGGCUUGCCAUUUAGCUGUCAACCCCUCGCCAUUCUUCAGGAACUGCCUGUAUAACAUGUGUGUGAAGGAGGGCAAUCGCUCUGCUUUGUGCUCUUCCUUGCAGGCCUAUGCUUCGGCCUGUCAGGAUGCUCAGAUCAACCUAGGGCCCUGGAGGAGUGCCACAAACUGUCCAUUGCCAUGCUCAGAAAACAGCCAUUUUGAUGAGUGCACCACAGCAUGCCCACUGACUUGUGAAAAUCUGGAUGAGCCAGAGGAGCCCUGUCCAUAUUCCUGCUCUGAAGGCUGCCAGUGUGAAGAAGGCUUUGUGGUCCGUGAUGGGCUUUGUGUACCCCGUAGUGACUGUGGCUGCUUUUACCUUGGCCGUCAACUAGCAACCAAUGACACAUUCUGGACUGAUUGGGAAUGUCAAGAACGCUGUUUCUGCAAUGGAACAGACAACAGUGUCUACUGCAAUUUUUCUCCAUGCCACCCUGAGGAAUACUGCCAAGAGACCGAUGGGCUAUUUUUCUGUCAGCCUCGGACUGAGGCUCUAUGUGCGGUGGCGGGAUAUGGGCAUUUUAUGCCUUUUGGAGGUGUCCCAUUUGAUCUUCAGAGUAGCUGCUCACUUCAUCUGGUUACCACAGACUGUGCAGGGCUGAAUGAAGAUGACAGACAUGGAGAGUUUGAUGAAAGUUACAAUGCUGAUUUAGGACUAGGGGACCUGCCCCGGUUCCAGCUUUCAGCCCGCAAUGAGGAGAGGGAUACAGGACAGGCCAUCUGGGUGCAAGGUUUUGUGUUGGAGGUUUAUGGAUAUGAGAUUGAGGUGUCAAGAAGCUUUAAACAUACAGUCAUGGUGAAUAAAGAGCGAUUGUACCUGCCUCUGAAAUUGGGCCCAGGGAAGGUCAACAUAUACACCCUGGGAUUACAGUUACUGGUGGAGACUGACUUUGGACUAAAGGUGGCGUUUGACUGGAAUACACUACUUCUGCUUUCUCUGCCUCGGACCAUUUUUAAUUCCACUUGUGGUCUGUGCCAGGGAAUGCCCAUCUCUGGUCCUGCCCUCAGUGUCAGCGAAUGGGGCAUGAUGUGGGCAGAGCGUGACACAUUUUGUCAAGUUGGGUGUGGUGACUCUUGUCCACGCUGUGGAUUAGUUGAAAGAGGCCUGACAGUGGAUGUCCAUACCCCUGUACAGACAAUAGAUGCAAACAACAACAAUGACAUUGAGAACUCUCUCCCAGGGAAUCGUUUCCACCUAGCCGAGGGCUUGUAUGUUUAUGUAGAACCAGAGGCGGUGCGAUUAUGUGGACUUAUUAUUGACCGUGGAGGUGUGUUUGCCAGAUGUCACAGCAAGGUGGCACCAGCAUACUUUUACCAGAGCUGUCUGCAGGACACAUGUGUGGACCAGGGAGCAAGAGAAACUAUCUGUAACUGGUUGCAGAUAUAUGCUGGUACCUGUCAAAUUCAGGGGGUGUCUAUGCCCAGCUGGAGGAGCUCUACUCCAUGUGUGCUGUCAUGCCCAGUUAACAGUCACUACUCGAGCUGUAUGAUGGUGUGCCAGCCCCAGUGUGCCCCAGCACGAGGCCAGAGAGACUGCAACCAGCACUGUGUGGAAGGUUGCCAGUGUGAUCAGGGUUACGUGCUCAAUGGGAAAGGCUGUAUUCUUAACCAGAACUGUGGCUGCUAUACUGAUAGCAAGUACUAUGAGCCUAAGCAAUUGUUUUGGAACAACGAUUGCACCAAGCGAUGCCAGUGCAUUGGCCGCAACCUGAUCCAAUGCGACCCUCGCCGCUGUAAGGCUGACGAGGAGUGCGCACUACGCCAUGGCGUCCGUGGCUGCUUUGCCCGUCGCAACCAGCAUUGUGUUGCAUCAGGUGGUGGAGUUUUCCGUACAUUUGAUGGUGCCUCGCUCCGCCUGCCUGCCUCUUGUUCCUUUGUCCUGUCUACUAUCUGCCACAAGUUGCCCGAGCUCUCCUUCCAGCUCAUUGCCAAUUUUGACAAGUGGAGCACACCCAAUCUUACCACCAUCUCACAUGCCUACCUCUAUAUCAAUGAGGAGAAUAUCCUAAUCUCUGGCAACACUGUUAAGGUAAAUGGGACACCAGUGUCUGUGCCUUUUGUAACAGGCCUGAUGACACGUGUUUCCACAUCAGAAGGUUUUCUGGUGAUCGAUACGCCACAGGACAUCCAGGUCCGCUAUAACCGUUUCAACACACUCAGUAUCACCAUGGGACCAAGGCUGCAGAACAAGGUGUGUGGUUUGUGUGGAAACUUUAAUGGCGACCCCAGUGAUGAUUAUAUCACUUCCCGUGGCAAACCAGCACUUAGUGCGCUGGAGCUUGCACAGAGCUGGAAGACCAAUGGUAUGCAGAACAGCUGUGAUGAAACUCAGUAUGUGGCUCUUGCCCAGUCCUGUGAUAACACAGACAUUUUGGAGCUGCAGGGCGAGGACAGCUGUUUGAAACUUACCCAGCCAAAAGGCUUUUUCCAGCCGUGUCAUGGACUUUUAGACCCACAACCCUUUUACCAAUCCUGUUACCUAGAUGGGUGCUACAACCAUCGCAAGGCUCAGGUUUGCGGCUCUAUGGCUGCCUAUGCGGAGGCCUGCCGCUCCUUUGGCACACUUACCACCAAGUGGAUUGCCCAAGAGAACUGCUCAGAAUGGAUCUAUGACCCCUGUGCAGGGGAGAUCUGCACAAACAACACCUGUGAGCAGGAGAAUGGAGGAGACCUCUGUGGCUGCCCAGAACUUCCCAGCACAGAAAUAAGUGAGGAUGACAUUAUUCAAGCUGAGGUGACAUGCAAACAUGCUCAGAUGGAGGUGUCCAUCUCAAAGUGUCGCUUGUUUCAGCUCGGCUUUGAGAGGGAGGAUGUGCGUAUCAACGAUCAGCGUUGCUCUGGCAUCGAGGGUGAAGAUUUCAUCUCCUUCCACAUCAACAACACCAAAGGCUAUUGUGGCUCCAUAGUGCAGUCAAAUGGCACUCACAUCAUGUACAAGAACACGGUGUGGAUCGAAAGCGUGAACAACACAGGGAGUGUGGUGACCCGUGACAAGACCAUCAAUGUGGAGUUCUCCUGCGCUUAUGAGCUGGACAUCAAGAUCUCCCUGGAGACAGUGCUUAAACCCAUGCUGAGUGUAAUUAACCUGACCCUCCCCACCCAGGAGGGGAACUUCAUCACCAAGAUGGCUCUUUAUAAAAACGCCUCGUAUCGGCAGCCGUACCGUGAGGGCGAGGUGGUGCUCAGCACACGAGAUGUGUUGUUCGUGGGCGUUUUUGUGGAAGGAGCUGAUGACAGUCAGCUUAUCCUUAUAGUGAACAUGUGCUGGGCCACACCAUCACGUUAUAGCAGUGAUCGCCUUCGCUACAUCAUCAUAGAGAGAGGGUGUCCCAACAUUAAAGACAACACUAUCGGCAUGGCGGAAAAUGGUGUGUCUCUGACCUGCCGCUUCCACGUCACAGUGUUUAAGUUCAUCGGAGAUUAUGAUGAAGUGCACCUUCAUUGUGAUGUUACAUUAUGUGACUCUGAGACCAAUGCAUGCAAAGUGAACUGUCCACACAACAGAAGGAGCUACAGCGACUACAGUCAGCAAAAAGAGCACAUACUCUCAGUGGGACCAAUCAGGAAACGAGAGUCCGACUGGUGUGAGGAGGAUAAUGGAGGUUGUGAGCAAAUCUGCACUAGUCAGGGAUCAGGCCCAGUGUGCAGCUGUGUGACUGGAAUGCUGCAGAGAGACGGGAAGAGUUGCCGUGCUACCAGUUCCAGCACAGAUCUCCAGCCCCUCUCUUCCCUGGUUGCCAUUGGCAUCUGCGUCAUGCUUCUGAUACACACACAUGCCUCUGUGCUUUUCUUCAGCAGAGCUUAACGCCAACUAAACCACGACCACGCUGAGAAGAGGAGGAGAGGCGGCAGAAAUAAAGGGGGCUGAGAAAGCAAGAUAGGAAGAAAACAAGAAGAGGAGGAGUGUGUGUUUUAACCACACCACACUGCAAAGAACUGUGAUUUAGCACUCCUCAUUCUGCUGCAUGGACACUUUAAAAAGCAAAACCAGCAUGUGUAAAAUAGAUCCACUUUCGAAACCAUUGUUUAAAAGAACACAUGCAGUUCCCCCCUCAUAAAAAAAUAAAAAAUAAAAAAAGCAUCUGAAUUUAUUAGUUAUAGAUGUUCAGCUAUUAAAUACAGAGAUUAGCAAGAAGAGAUUAGUGAGAAGCAGUUUAGUAGAUUAUGAUGUCGAUAAACACCACUUUUUGGGAGAUUAUGUUGCAAUAA